AGUCUGGUUGAUUGUGGUCACUUGCGCUCGAGCCUUGGCGCCCUCUUUUUCCCCAUCGAUGUCUGGAACUGCAAAACUUGAUUUGGAUCUCACAUUUCUGCAAAUGAAUUGUUUCGAAGCAAGGAAAUUGGUUCAGAACGUUGUGCAGGAAUUCAUGCUACACCGGUGCUAUAGCUCUAAGGUCGACCUUAAGAAACUCCGUCCAAUGAUUUCGAAGAGAAUUGAAAAUCGGGCGAAAUUCUAUCCUAUAAAUGCCAUGAUUCCAGUGGCACAACAAGUUCUUGAAGCUAGGGCAGUACUUAUUCAUGGAGUUUCCACUCUUCUUAAGGCAUUUCCAAUUGUCUCUUGCAAAUUUUGUCCAGAAGUAUAUGUCGGUGAGCAAGGUCAUCUAAUACGGAGUUGUGGCGGUUACAAACGUGGUGCCAAGAAUCGGGUUCAUGAAUGGAUCGGAGGUGAUUUGAAUGAUGUUCUUGUCCCAGUAGAAGCAUUUCACCUCCAUCGCAUGUUCCAAGAUGUUAUUAAACAUGAUGAGAGAUUCAACUUUGAACGUGUUCCAGCAGUUGCCGAGCUAUGCUGGCAAGCUGGAGCCAAUCCAAAUGAUGAAAAUCUGUCUUCAAGCACUGGGAAUUCAGAUGGUGGUGGCUCAGGCAGAGAUGAAUGGUUGUCAAGUCAUGAGCUGAUGCCUUUAGCAAAUGUAACUCUCAAGGCAUGGGAAACGCUUAGAACCGGUGUGCAGAAACUGUUAAUGGUUUAUCCUGCUAAGGUCUGUAAAUACUGCUCAGAAGUUCAUGUUGGGCCAUCAGGACACAAAGCUAGACUUUGUGGGGUUUUUAAAUAUGAGAGUUGGCGAGGCUCCCACUUCUGGGAGAAGGCAAAUGUAGACGAUUUAGUUCCUCCAAAUAUUGUAUGGCAUCGGCGACCACAAGAUCCUCCCAUGCUUGUCGACGAAGGAAGGGAUUAUUAUGGACAUGUACCAGCAGUGGUGGCUCUUUGCACACAGGCCGGCGUCGUUGCACCAUCUAAAUAUCAUUGCAUGAUGAAAAUUCAAGGCUUAUCACCACGAACUCAACAAAAUCUCUGAAAUCUUCUUUUGUUUAUGUUCAUGUGGAGCUUGCCCAGAACACUUCACUCGAUUUCAGUUCAAGACCUUUCAGGUGACCAUGACUAAUUUCCUAUUUAUUUUCUUUGUUCCUACAUUAUCUCUUGGGGUGAUUUUUUAAAUAUAUAGGUAGAGAAACAUCAUACAUGAAAUCAUGCCAACAUGGGAAGGUUAUUGAAAAGUUUUGUAGCUCAUAAAGUUUAAUAAUUUUGAAGUUGAGAUAUCAAUAGUUGAAACCAAGUUCAUAAAGAAUGUCUUGUAGAAUCUGCCUUCAUUCUUUUCAUGAGAAGAACAAGUAAUGGGAGGCACUUUAUAGAAGAACUGUAUCACUGUA